AUGGAACAGGGUCACUACAACAACCUGAUGGAGGAAUUGGCCAACGAAGCUCCUGAACUGUUCAAGAAUUACACCAGGACAAGCAAAGCCCUGUUUGAUGAGAUUGUUGAACGCGUUACGCCGCACAUCAAGAAGCAAACAACUUGGUGGAUAUACCCCCUCGAACCUGGCCUGCGUGUUGACAUCACACUACGGUUCCUAGCUACAGGGUACAGCUACAUGAAUAGGCAGUACAGCUUCAGAGUUCCCCACAACACCAUCAGCGGCAUUGUGCCAGAAACCUGCCGCGCAAUUGUCGCCGAGUAUGGAAGUGAAGAGCUCCGAACACCACAGACACAGGCGGAAUGGCUCCAGGUUGCAGCGGGCUUUUGGGACAAGUGGAAGUUUCCCAACUGCAUAGGUGCCAUUGACGGGAAACACAUCCGCAUCAAGAAUCCACCUGGAGGAGGGUCUUACUACUAUAACUACAAGAAGUUCUACUCAAUACUCCUGGUGGGCAUCUGCGACAGCCAAUACAGAUUCCUCUACGUCGACGUGGGACCUCUACCAGGCGAUACUGAUGGCAAGAAGUGCGACUACUUCUUCGUUGGAGACGAUGCCUUUGCCCUUCGACACUAUAUGAUGAAACCAUACCCACUUCGGUCGCUGACGGUUGAUGAAAGGAUCUACAACUACAGGCUGAGCAGGGCACGUCGAACAAUUGAGAAUGCCUUUGGGAUCAUGGCCAAUAGGUUCCGGGUCUUCACACACCCAUAUGCCUCCGACCCGAUAAUGUUGAAGCUGUAG